AUGAUGGCAUCUCUCUACGUGGGCGACCUCCACUACGAUGUGACAGAAGCGAUGCUCUAUGAGAAGUUCAGCCCAGCCGGUCCUAUCCUAUCUAUCCGAGUGUGCAGGGACGCCAUGACCCAGCACUCCCUUGGCUACGCCUACGUGAACUUCCAGCAUCGGGCCCAUGCAGAAUGGGUGCUGGCCACCAUGAAUCUGGACGUUAUCAAGGGUAACCCUGUCCGCAUCAUGUGGUUCCAGAGGGACCCUGGCCAGCGUAAAAGAGGUGUGGGCAACGUAUUUGUCAAAAACCUGGAGAAGUCCAUCGAUAACAAGGCCCUGUAUGACACCUUCUCUGCCUUUGGACGUAUUCUGUCCUGCAGGGUCAUCAGUGAUGAGAAUGGUUCUAAGGGCUAUGGUUUCGUCCACUUUGAAACCCAAGAGUCCGCUGGAAAUGCCAUUGAGAAAAUGAAUGGGAUGCUUCUAAACAAUCUCAAAGUGUUUGUUGGACGCUUUAAAUCCCGCAGAGAAAGAGAGUCCGAACUGGGAGUUAAAGCCAGAGACUAUACCAACGUUUACAUCAAGAACUUUGGAGAAAACAUGGAUGAUCAAAGACUUACAGAAAUAUUUGCAAGGUAUGGACCUACUUUGAGUGUAAAAGUGAUGACUGAUGACUGUGGAAGAUCUAAAGGUUUUGGAUUUGUGAGUUUUCAGAGACACGAAGAUGCCCAGGCAGCUGUAGAUGACAUGAAUGGCAAGGAGCUCGAUGGAAAGCAAAUUUAUGUUGGUCGAGCUCAGAAAAAAAGAGAAAGACAGACAGAACUCAGGCGCCAUUUUGAACAAAUUAAACAAAACAAGCACAUCAGAUAUCAGGGUGUUAACCUUUAUGUAAAGAACCUUGAUGACACCAUUAAUGAUGAAUAACUAAGAAAAGAGUUUUCAUCAUUUGGAACAAUCACCAGUGCAAAGGUUAUGAUGGAGAAUGGCCGCAGCAAAGGAUUUGGCUUUGUCUGUUUCUCUUCUUCCAAAGAAGCUGCCAAAGCUUCCAGGGAAAUGAAUGGUAAACUUGUAGCAAGUAAGCCAUUGUAUGUAUCUUUAGCCCAACAGAAAGAGGAGCACAGGAUGCACCUCACAAACCAAUACAUGUACAAACUAGCUCACAUCAGAUCCAUUCCUAGUCCCGUAUUCAGUCCAUACCUAGCAAGUUCUUCACCUUAUUUUAUGACACCUAUUCUACCAAGUCAGAGCCAAGCAGAAUUAUAUACUGCCCUCCAAUUGGCUCAGCUUAGAUCAAGCCCCCACUGGAUUUCUCAGAGUAUCAGGCCUCCUUCAUUCCACACCGUAACCAGGGCUAUUUGCCCAAUGAUUCCUGGAGCAACAUUUAGUCAUCUACGGUCAACUUCAGAGAUUCCAAGAAUCGUGACAACUUCAAGGGUUGUUAAGUCCCCAGCACGGCUGUUGAGACCAUUACCUGCCAUAGGAACAUUUCUCCCAACUAUUCCCGAAGUUCAGCACUUAAAAUGUGUUGCUGGUGUCGAUUAUCCUGAGCAACCUUUUAGCAUAUCAUCAUAUAUUUCUACCCUGCCAGCUGGGCACAUAUUAACAGCUUCUAUGCUAAUUGCACUUCCUCUACAGCAAAAGCAGAUAUUAGGGGAACAGCUAUUUCCAAUCAUUCAAGGCAUAUAUCCUACUUUGGCUGCUAAAAUCACGGGCAUGCUACUGGAGAUAGACAACUCAGAGAUUCUUCAUAUGCUUGAGUCACCGGAAUCUCUCCAUUACAAGGUCAAUGAAGCUGUGACUGUCUUACAGACUCAUUAG